GUGGACUGGGUUCGAGAGCCACGAAGUGCCGGGGAUCCCGCCAGUCUUAUCGCGCGAGGCAGCAGCGUCUUGGCUUUCGAUAAACGCUACAAGGUCUUAACCCUACCACACUCGGCUUUCUCCAUCUUGAUCAUCAAGAAGGUUAACCAAAAGGACGUCGCCAAGUACCGCUGUAGUCUAAGCCAGAGAAGACUGAAGCAUCGGUACAUUUUUCUUAACGUCACAGCAACACAGAUCCAGGUCGAUCGCAGUCCCGCAGAAAACAAGGUCAACGCGGGGUCAAACCUGACGAUGUACUGCCGUGCCACCGGGUACCCGCGCCCCCUGGUGUACUGGACAGGAAGACUGAAGGAUGGUACACCUUACAAGUUCUCUGAUGGAAGGCAGGAGAAGUUUGGAGAUACACUCACGCUGGAAAACCUCAACCCGCGAGAUACGGGCACUUUCACGUGUCACGUGGAGAACUUUGUGGAACCAAUCGAACGCAAGCAUUUUACAGUCACGGUCAGAGAUCUCCCCUGGUAUUUGCACAGUUACCUCCAGGGUUUCAACAUCCGGCAUUUCCUCAGCUCAUGGACGCCCAAGCCUGGGUUCGGAGAGGCGGUUAUGUUACGCUGUGAGACGGCCGGGAUCCCCAAGCCAAAACUCACCUGGUAUAAGGACGGGAAACCAGUCAGGGAGACAUAUGAACUUUCCAUAUUUACUUACACUCCAUCCUAUCGCCCAAACUACGUCAACUCGAGAAUAGAUAUUAAAAACUUUGGUCCCCACCACCAAGGCAAAUACACCUGUAUGUCCAGUAAUGAGAUGGGAUCUAUGGAGAAAUCUAUGACGCUUAUGGGAAAGAAGGAUGUUGUUGGAGGGAAUCAGUUACCGCAAGUUUUGUUGUCCGACUUUCCGACAGACGAUGAAGACAUCGUACGAGGCCUGAAAAAGACGAACAACAACAAACAAGAUGGCGCACCUGACGAAGACGAUGAUGAAGGGAGCGGAAUGGACACUGGACGAAAUUCGUCUUCCAAUGCUCAGAGAAAAUUUGAUUCAAAGCCUAGCUUUCCAAUAACACGAGAUCCUAAUAGUGACAGACGGCCGUUUUACCGUGGUGACAGACGACUGUCAUGGCGCACGUCACGUGCAAGACAAUACCGCGGCCGAGUCCCGCAAAAUGUAAGACACUACAACAGCAGACGAUGGGGCGUGCGGACGUCGGGGAACUGGAGGAAAAGUGGAAGAUCAUCACAAACGCAGACGAACUCUCGUCGCCCAUAAUACAGUUGCUUGUAUACGACAAAAAGAUUCUGUUUUGACAAGAAAAAUGUUCGUAAAUCCUAAAAAGAGCUGUAAAUAGUAAUGAUUUUGGGUUUGCGUGCAUGUCAGUGACUUCUACAUAAUUUGGCUUUUCUAUCACCGAAAAGAUAAAGUUUGAUACUCGUUGCUGUCAUGCACAAGUGAUUUUCAGAUAGAUAGCAUUUGGUAUGUCCAGUUUGGACAAUGAUUAUAACAACUAACCAUUCUAUUCAUCUGUGCCUAAAACCCAAUCACAGUAGAGUCAUUGGCGUAACUAAAGUAAUUGAACGAUGGAUAAAAUAAUUAAGCACUUUUCUUGUCUUUGAAAGAUGCAUAGCGUUUCCGGAGAUAAGGCAAUCAUGACGUCACGUGCUAGCUCCCGAAGAAGAAGAA